CUUCCGAUGACGUUUAGCUUUUGUUUCCCUAGUAACCCUCUCUGCAGACACAUCCAGCUAGUGGAGCUUCUGGUUACACACCAGUGAGCCAAUCAUUGGAAUGAGCCUUCUGAUGACGAUUAGUUUAGGUUUCCACAGUAACUCUCUGCACACAGAUCUGUCAGCUUCUGGUUACAACCCCAUGUGCUUUUCCAUUUAAGUGAACGUCUCUGUGAUAUAGGCCUACUGGAAAUUGGUGCAGAGGAAAUGCCUUUCCUAAAACAACCCAGCGGCAUAGAACUCCCCUGGAAGACAUGGGACAAAAAAGCACAAAAGUCAGGCCUGAGGCACACUGUUUACAGUGUAAAUGGCGAUCAGUAUACCGGUGAAUGGUUAAACAACAUGAAACAUGGCAGAGGAACACAUGUGUGGAAAAACACAAACGCCAUUUAUGAAGGAGAAUGGAAAUGUGGUAAAAGAAGUGGCUUUGGGGCAUACAGUGUGCGAGACCCAAGCACUGGUGAUUACGUGAAGGUGUAUUCUGGGUCUUGGGAGAAUGAUAAGAAACAUGGCUAUGGCACAUAUUACUAUAGUGAUAAGGAGUAUUAUGAAGGUGAUUGGGAGGCUGGACAGCGCAGCGGAUGGGGCAGAAUGUACUUCGCUAUUGGAGACAUGUAUGAAGGAGAGUGGCGGAAAGACAAGCAGUGUGGGCAGGGACUGCUGCUAAAAGCAAAUGGAAACCGAUAUGAAGGUGCCUGGAAAGGGGCAAUGAAGCAUGGACCUGGCACAUUCUACUACCUCGAUAAGGGCCAGGUCUAUGAUGGUGUUUGGGAAAACGAUAUCCCAAAAUGUGGCACAAUGGAGGACUUUGGACAUGCAGGUCCUAUUCCAGAGGUGAAAGUGGUAGAUCCCGAGGGAAUCAUAAAAGCAGCCAGAUCGUCAUUCCUUCAAUAAAAUAUUGUUUCUAAA